UUUGGACAAAUUCAAAGGCAAUUUUUCUCAGUAUUUUGAUAUGACUUUGCAUCCUCAGAUUACAGAUAUUCAAAUAGUUGUAUCUCGACCAAAUAUCGUCAUAUCAUAAUAAACCAAUCAAUGGAAAGCUUAUUUAUUUAGCUUUCAGAUGAUGUAUAAAUCCAUAUUUAAAAAAAUUGACACAAAACCCUGGUUUUGUGGUCCAGGGUCACAUAUAGAAAGUGGAAAGUAGACAGAAAUCAUGAGAAGACAGAUGGGUGGGUAAAAGGGGGUAAUUGAUAGGAUCCAGUCUCCCAUGAGCACAACAACUCAACAUGUUGCUAGAGUGCUGACCACUAGAUCUCCGCUUAUUUGGAGCCUUUUCGAAAUGAUUUAUUUUAUUUUAUAUAUAUGCAUAAAAAAUACAGUUUUUCCACUGUCACUUCCAUAAUCUUAUUGUAUUAGUAUCGGGUUUAGUUCCUGGAUAAUAAUAUCAAAUAUUCAGGAAACAAUAUACCUAAUUUUGAUAAUAGAUUUUCCUUUCCACAUCUGUUAUCCAGUUAAUUAUUCUUCAUCUUGCCAACUGCAAAAGACGACCUGCUCAUCUCCAUAUCCAAUAGCAACUGAAGUGUCUGCUCUUAAGCCAGCCGAAGAUCUGACAGCUCUCAUGAAUAUGCAUGAUGUCAGCCUGGCUGAUUGACAAAGGUUGUCAUAUAGUUUAGAGAAGGGUCACAAUACAAGCACUUUCUGUCUCACCCACACAAACUCCUUCAUGACCCCCGUUUUAAAAAGCCAAAUGCCGCAAUCAGGCAAAACCUUUUUAAGCUGAUUGGUUUCGGGUAUGUCAGCCUAAUGUACUACGAAUGUUUACGACCAGGCUGAAAUAAACCUGACUGGAAUUCCAAUUGCCUUGCACAUGCACCUUAAGUAGCACUUGGAUUUAUUUUCAGGGUACAAACAGUACCUAGAGAGUUGAGAAGUGUUUGCAUUUUAAUUAUUUUAUGCAAGUGAGUUGAUUUUUCAGAUCAAAAGGUAAAGGACACCAGUGGAUUUGCAGAUUUUUUUUUUUUUUGUUUCUUUUUUAAAUUAGCAACUUUUUGUCCAUUGUUAUUCCAUUAGGAGCCUUAUUAUUGCCCUUUUCUAUAGUGCCAUCGUAACAGGCUUAUAUAUAGUGACUGCAUCACUCAAAUGGAUCAAUACACGCCCUGCACAUCCCUCAGGAGCUGAACUGCUGCCUCAAAGGCGAGACAGUUGUGUCAUCAUGAUGUAACUGCUCCAUAGGAGUCACGAUAAUGUGAGAGUGUUGACAUCAGAGUUAGAAACAAAUGAGAAUCUGCGCACAACCUCAGCAUAUGACUUCAAUACCCCUCUUUCGCAAUGUGAGAAUAAUAGAGCAAUCGCUUACUGACGCUGGAUGUGUAGGGACUGGCGUCACCUUGCUCUAUUAAGCUUGACUGUCCUCCUGAUACACAGGGACUUGGUCUGUGUUGAGGUUGGUAGCUUGUUUCCAGACAUGAGAGCACAGGCACUUGUUCUCUCCGUCUCUCUCUAUCUGUGCCACUCUUUCAUUCACCCUCAGUGAGUGCACAUCUGCACAUGUUCAUCUCCCACUUCAAGCUCCAGCUUUAUUGUCACCCCUGGAUUACUCGUCUAUUACAAAGAUGACAUGCCACAGGAAGCUAUUGGAAAACUAGAACUGCAACUGUUUUAAAAGAGAAGUCAAAGAAGAAAUCAGCUCCUAUGAUCCACUGAGCCGCCGCGACAUUAGCCUCUCAACGGUCUCACCACUUAAAUCAUGGAGGACUCGACAGAGGUGCGGACGGACGGAAACUCUUUGCUUAAAGCAGUGUAUCUGUGCCGUCUAAGGUUGACUCGUCUGCUGCUGGAAGGAGGGGCUUACAUUAAUGAGAGUAAUGAGAGAGGAGAAACUCCACUGAUGGUGGCCUGUAAAAGCCACCAUGCCGAUGCUCAGAGUGUGCCAAAACCCAAGAUCAUCAGGUAUCUUCUUGAAAAUGGUGCGGACCCCAACAUUCAGGAUAAGUCUGGUAAGACCGCCCUAAUGCAUGCCUGCAUAGAGCGGGCAGGCGAUGAGGUGCUGUCGCUUCUGCUCUCCAGUGGAGCUGACCCUAGUUUGGAGGAUCACACUGGUUCCUCCGCCCUGGUCUAUGCGGUUAAUGCUGGAGACAAGGAUGCACUGAGAGUACUACUGGACGCCUGCAAGGCCAAGGGCAAAGAAGUUAUCAUCAUUACAACAGACAAACUACCGUCCGGAAGACAAAUGACCAAGCAGUAUCUGAACGUACCACCUCCUCCAAAUCUUGAGGACCGUUUGCACUGUGCUGCUGCGUCAUGUAUGUGUCCUUCUGAAAUUAAAUUCUGUACCCCUCUUAUCUCACCAUCCACCAAUAACAAAUCAGACACCCUGGGAUCCACAUCAACACUGUCCACAUCUAAGCAAGUAUCACCGACUCUAGAUUCAAGCCCUCUGCAAGCAGCUAGUGUGGCAAAGCUUUUGCAUCUACAGAGGCUUCACUCUGAACCCUGGCUGAAGAUCCCUCCAUCUCUGCUCCUGCAGCAAAGUAAGUCCUCAUCCUUAACCGAGGAGCUUCUAGAUAUCACUCCUGAAGAAGAGCUCUCUUUUGGUUACAAUGGUUGCAGACCUCCACUGAGAGCGACAGUAGCUCGGCACCAAAGCAUCGACGUCAAGGACUCUACUGGUCUGUUUAGAGCCUUUGAGACAACAUCUGAAGCUGAAAGAGAACUAACAAAAGAACAGAAAUGGCUCAGUAGAAAGAUGUCUUAUGAUGGUGAGUUGCUACCACACUCUUCCUCACAUCAGAACCUCAAACAGACAUCCAUCUCAGAUGCUGCCCCUGUGGACCGGAACCCAGACUGUCUUCCCAACCUAGCCGUUUCAAGCCUACGCAACGUGUUUCGCCGGCGCAAUAUUGGAAUGGACCACUACAGUUCUGACUCUCAGUUGCCUCAAUUUGGAAGCCAACCCUCUGAGGACCUCGGGAAGACUGGAGGAGGAGGAACCGGGGGGACAGAGAAACGCAAGCUUGUUACCAGCCGCUCCUCCACUCUCUCUGGAUCCAGAGAGUCUCUGGAGAGUCUCGUUCAGAGGAGGAGCCCAGCCAUGCUGGAGCGGAGGGGAUCCGGAGCCCUGCUCCUAGAUCAUAUCUCACAGACCCGGCCUGGUUAUCUGCCACCUCUCAAUCCACAUGCACCCAUUCCAGAUAUUAAAGUCAAUACCAGUAUUGGCCUGAACAGUGUAAGCAAGCCUCUGGCAGGAACUACACCCAUUGUUUCUGGAUCUAGGCAUUUUGUGCCCUGUGCCCCAAGCCAUCCUAAAGAUCACAAGAAUAAGAAGAGUCUGAUAAGACGACACUCCAUGCAAACCGAACAGAUCAAGCAGCUGGUCAAUUUUGAGGAGAUCUUUGGUCAGUAAAAACCCCAAAGGAAUACUAAGGCCCCGUCAACACGGAGAUGCAUUUAGCCAUAUACGCAUCUUUUUUUAUCAUAAAGACAUUUCGUCUAGAUGAAUGCGCCAUUUUCAGAGAGUGAAACCGAUAUUUUUUUGAAACCGGGUCCCAUAGUGGAUAAAUCUGAAAACGCCACCCUUGCAUUUUCGUGUAUACAGCCAAUCUGUAUACUUUCUGAAACGAUAAUAUCAGCACACAUCUCACCACUAGUCAGACACCGUCACGUCAACAAAAACAUGAACAAACACUGAACGAUUGUCUUUUAAUUAAUUAACAUUAACCCACAUUUAUAAAUGUAUUGUUCCAUGUUCGUUUGUAUACCGCACACAAUAUUUAUGCGCAUAGUCCAAGUCCUCUUUGUUUUUAUUGUAUCUUUGUGGCAGAAUUACAGUGCUACAUGCUGGUCUGACAAGUAUACUACAUUGUUUUGUGUCGGUUUUGUGUGGACGCAGAUAUUUCUUGAGAUGAUGUGAAAAAUGGAUAGGGAAAGCGUCGUGUGGAAUACAUGUACAAGAGAAUACAUGUUAGAAAUACGAUUUAUACAUCUCAUCCACCUAUCUUUAUGCACUUUCCAGACUGGACAAUGGGAACAUGUUUGUUUUGAUCAUUUGUAAACUUUACUGCACUUUACUUCUGUUCUUUGUGAUCUCACUCAUUAGUGUACCGAAUUAGAAAAUUGACAUUUUAUUGCUAUUUAAGGCACUGCUUCCUCUUUAAACCUGAUUCAUGUCUGCAGUGUCUUAGAAUUAACAAAACAAGAAAAUAUUGUCACAUAUAUUUAUCCAUUGACUGUAAAUAAAUUCAGUAUAAAACAUUGCUUUCACUUUCUUGCAUAUAUAUGUGUUGUACAGUAUGCACUUUAUUCUGCAUGCAGUUACACAUGUUGAGAACAUAUUUUCUGCAAAAAUAAAAGUUCUAAUUUAAGAAAUAGCACUUUCACUUUUUUGUGUGCAUAUAUCUGUUCUUCUAAUCUUUCUAUUUAUCAAGU